AUAAUCAGAGUACGUUUGAAAGGAAGAAAUGAUGUAAGAGAGUACUAAUGCAAGAACGUCGUUUUAAACGACAUUAAUGUUCUUUCCUUGUGAGUGAUUAAAUCGCAUGCAUCACACACACAUAGUGACACGAAUUGAAUAUCCGAAAAGUGGACAAAAAAUUAAUCUGAAAUUAACAACCUGUUUUCUUUGUAACUCUAUGUUACAAAUUAUACAAACGGCACAGUUUAAGCAUACAAUGUAAAUUAGAGUACGAAUAACAUUUAAACAGAAGGUACAAUUCGAAUCAAAUACUCAAAAACAGUUGAGAACUUUAUAUCCAUCGUAUUACGUACCCCACAAUUAGAGGCUUCUUCGAUCAUUUAUUCAGAAAGAUACUAAUAUGAUAGCAUAAUAUCAAUUGUCACCUCAAAAGUCAGCUAUAGCAAGCGAAGUUCCUUACAACAAGAUUCAACCAAAUAUCGUUUAUAGAAUGUAAGAGUGCGAAUUUUUUUAUGGAAUUUUCAAGAAAACGGGAUCGGUAUCGCGCACGAGGAUAUCGGUCCCAUCACUAUCCGAUGCACGAUCAUUUUACGGCGGAGGGUGGAGGGAAACCGUCGGCCAUUUUGAUCGUGACGCGCAGCGCGGAGGUCGUGGGCUCCACCAGUGACGAAGCCACUGGAGUUUUGACGUGGCUGCUACGUACCUGCCCGUUUGCCCACUCCGAUUGCAGCAAAGUUGGUGACGAGAAAUACGUAACUGGGUUUAAGGUCCCCAGGCUAUGGAAAGUAUGGUUGAGGAAAAUGGAUCAGCUGUUGACCCAUUAGCUACGGGUUCUCAAGGUGAUGAUGCAGCACCAGCAAUAGCUACAUCGGUACAAUCUCUCAAUAGAACACAUCAGCAGCAAACUCAUCAUCUGGUAGCUUCUACCAGCAUUGUGCAACUGACGCUACCAUCGUCAGGAACAACACAGGUACAGUCUGUUAUACAACCUAAUCAGCAGUCGGUUAUUCAAACUGCAACAAAUAUUCAGCCUGUUGCUAUUUCAAAAGGAAACGUCAUUCUUGUUAGUAAACCUAAUUCUGUUAUCCAAACAGCUCAAGCAAGCUUACAAGCACUUCAGGUCGUCGAGGCUGGUAGUGAUGACAGUUUUUCAGACUCUGAAGAAUCUUCAGAACAGAGAGGAGGUAUUCUUACUAGACGACCAUCUUACAAGAAAAUUCUUAAUGAUUUAGGAGGCGGUGAAAUUACAGACGGUCGAUUGCCCCCCCUAGAAUCAUCUUCUGAGUGUGAUUCUAACGUGGACAGUGAAGUGUCUUCCCACUCUCUUCAUUAUCAGACAGUAAUUCCAGCGGGCACAAUUCAAAUUGCAACCCAGGGAGAAGGUGUUCCAGGAUUACAUACACUGACUAUGAGCAAUGCAGCAACUGCUGGUGGAGCAAUAGUACAGUAUGCGCAAGGACAAGAUACACAAUUCUUUGUCCCAGCCUCUGGCAAUGUUCCAGCUUACACAGGACACGGUGUUGUAGUAGAAGAUGCAGCUAGGAAAAGAGAACUAAGGUUGCUUAAGAAUAGACAAGCAGCGCGGGAAUGUAGAAGGAAAAAAAAAGAAUACAUAAAGUGUUUAGAAAAUCGUGUCGCGAUAUUGGAAAACAGAAAUCAGACAUUAAUAGAGGAACUGAAAUCGUUAAAACAACUAUGCGAGCCGAAAACUGACUGAGGUUGGUGUUCAAUGUUAAGAUCCUGUAUCAAAACCAUUAUCCAACUAAAAAUCUUGUACAUGUCUUCUUUGUGUACAUUAUCCUAAACGUUGUUAGGUAAGCGAUGGUGAUGUACAUGCAUUCUUAUAAAUAAGUGUUUCUGUAACAUAUUGUAUUUAAGUGCGAAUACAAAGGCUUGUGAAACUUGCUAUUACUAAAGCGAGAAGCCAAAGGUAUAUGAAGAUACAAAGGCAGCAAACUUAUAGGCAAUAUUCAGGAAGUCAAUCUAUAUUUUGGAUAAACUUAACAAUCAUAACAAAAAUCAUGUUAAUGUUCAUAUAUUCAAAGUAUAUGUUGAUAAUGUGAAACAACAAACAUAAAUUAAUGUUCAAAGCAUAUUCAUUUAGAUUACAGUGACCGUGUAAUGUUAAAGAGUAUAGAGGUUUUGUUUUAUCUACAGUUUAGGAACAUUUCGAGGAUUAUUUAAAAAGAAAACAACAGAAUACGUUUCCUAGUAGUCAAUUUAUAAACAAGAUAAUUGGACAUUAAUAUGAAUACUUCAGAAAAUCGCCUUAUACACAAUAUUUGCUAACGUAAUUUAGAAACUAUUAGUCAGUCACAGCUGUAAUUUAAAAAUCAGAUAGUUUCCACUGGUAAGAAGAAGUUAUAUUUGUUAUAUUUGACGAAACAGAUGAUGUCUAUAAUCUUUUUUCAAUCUUUAUUUUUUGUACUUGAAGAAGACAGGACCGGUGUAAAGGAAAAAGAAAGAAAGAAUGAACGAAUCUAUUGCAGGUUCAGAAAACUGUAAUGCGUAUGUUAGGUAAGAUUGAAGGUAGUUGUAAAUAGAUCGAAAUUUUACUAAUUUGAUCAUUGUUGCUGUAACAUGUAUGUGUAUAAAAUGUCGCCUCGGUAUAAUUUGUACUGUAGGAAAAUGCUGUAGAGAAAGCACUAAUUGAAAGCGCUCUCAUCUGAUUUUACUUUCUAUCUUAAGAUGCCUCAAGUGCGAAAAACUGAAGAACAGAAUUUGUAAAAUAUGAAUGUAAUAUAUAUAUAUCUGGAGUGCCUUGAAGAUUUCUGUAUACUCGGAAAGUAUACUACUACUACUACACACACACACACACACACACACACAUAGAUACGUAUACGCUCUCGUAUUAAACAUAGACACAUUCACACAUGCAUACAUAUUGUAUGUACGAAAUUAUGUUUUAGGUAAAUAUGGGUACAUAAAAUAUUUUUAAACGAUA